CGACUACUUAUAGCAUCAUCUGAACGAUUUGUAGCAUCUUCUUGGCGAAUUACAUCACAACAUCUUCUAGCAUUAUCCUCACGUUUUGGAAACCAUCGAAUAAUCAGUUAAAAUGAAUUUCAAGUCUGGUCUUUUGGUUGCUGCAGCUGUUAUUGUGAUGGCUAACGGACAAGUUGUCCCUGGAGUGUGUGAUACUGUUAUAUGUAUCAAUGGAUUCUGUUCGGUAAAUGCUUUAAACCAGGCAGUUUGUCAAUGUGAACCAGGAUAUAAACCCUCUGGUACUCCCCAAAUCUGUGUAGAUAUUGACGAAUGUGUGGAAUACGAUACUCUGUGCAAUAAUCAAGCUGGAUGCUGUAAUUUCCUCGGUACCUAUGCCUGUCUUCCAUGCUCAGCCUUUACAAACAAACAAGCACGAAUUCCCAACUCGUUACUUCGACGUAUCUCUGACAGAAAAUAAACCAAGACGCAACUUUACUAUAUACUUUUCCUUUCCUCCUUCUCUCUCUAUUUGUUUCGUUUUUUUUUAUUCAUUUAAUUUUCAGUUAAGAAAACAAUGUUUCUUAUGGUAUAUUUUCAGAUAAAGUACACAUUUUAUUUUUCUCAAUGUUAUUUCACUUAUUAAGAACGUUUUUUCUUGUAAUUCACAGAAGGAAGGACAAUGUAAUUUCAGUAAUAUUUUUUUCUAUGUAAUUUUAGUUAUUUGAGACAUUUUUCUAUGCAAUUUCAAGUAAAGGAUAUUUUUCAAUGUCACCCUAUUUGGGAUAUUUUGUAAACAGUUUUUUUAAACCAAUUCAAUUUAUUAACGUUUAUAUUCGAGAGUGACCAUUGAGGGCAAUAACAGUCUUCAAAUAGCGGUUACCUGGUCACAGAGAGUAAAAUAUCGCCAUCAAAUGGCCAAACUCAUAGCCCGAGGAGACAUAUUUAAUCCUGCCGUAUGUUUUGUUCAUCCUUUUGAUGUUCGCCGCUAUUUUGAUAGAAUGAUGAAUUUUCGAAUCAUGUUAUUUCAACUCAAAACUUGUUUUGCACAGUUAUUUUUAGAUCUACAGGGCAAAGAGAGGACACGAUUUUAACAUCCGAAUAUAUCUAAUGAAAUGGAGUUUUUCGUCCUCCUGUGCCUUAAUCAUCAAAUGAAGGAGGGAAAAAACUUUUUUAACAUAGCACUUGUUUUGGAUGUAUAGACUAUAGGAAUAUUUUUCAUAAAUGCAGGACAUAUC